AUGUCUAAAAAGGGUAAAGCUUUCCGUACAAAGGGUUCACUUCUCGUCGCUGUAAUUGGAGAUGAAGCCACCGUCACAGGUUUCUUGCUAACAGGUAUUGGUGAACGUAAUAGAAAGGGUGAUUCUAACUUCCUAACUGUUACUAAAGACACCACACUCUCCCAGAUUGAGAUAUUUUUCAAGAAGCUACUAGACAGAGACGAUAUUGGAAUCAUUAUGAUAUCACAAAACAUAGCAGAAUAGAUUAGAAAUUUGAUUACCGAACAUGAAGAAGUCAUCCCUACAGUAAUGGAAAUUCCAUCAAAAGAUGUUGCCUAUGACCCAGAAAAGGAUGUCAUUUUGUCAAGAGCUGCUAGAAUUCUCUAUGGUAAUGAAGUCGGUAUGGAAAAACUCAGACAACUUGAUUGA